GCCGGUAGAUCAAACGGAGAGAUCCGGUCAGAGUGGCGGCCUGAACGACCACUGAGAGCCGAGGCGCGGACAGAGAGAGCGAGAUCGAGGGAAACAGAGUGAGAGAGGGCUCCAGAGUACCACAGUCACUUAAAGGACGGUUUCACUUGUCCCCUUGGCGCCUCUGACAACCUCCUGCACAAAUAAAUUAAUUAAACGAUACGACACCCAAUGUAGACGGAUUCAAAGUAAUAUCUAUAGGGGCUGAAUGAAGCGAUAAGCAAAGGUGGGUACCGUUUAUUAUCACUCAACUCAACCGUGGAGUGUUUUUGAGGAGAGGAUGCAGGAUGGGCGACCGGGUGGACGCGGCGUUUAAGACUACUGGAUCAAAGCUGCUCCUGCCUGUCAGUGAAUUCUUCGGGUUUCCUCUCGAUCAAGUCAACUUUUUAGCCUGUCAGGUGUUUGCUCUUGCGGCUGCCUUCUGGUUCCGUCUCUACCUCGGGCCCCGCCACGCCAGUCCCCUGCUCAGGCAUGCCGUGGCUAUACUGUUUGGCGUUGCCUUUGUCAUCUUCUGCUUUGGCUGGUAUUCAGUCCAUAUAGUAAUCCUCGUUAUGCUGAGCUACACGGUCAUCAUCACAUCGGACAUCAGUAACGUACACCGGUAUUCACUGGUGUUGUCCAUGGGCUAUCUAACUGUGUGCCAAAUCAGCAGAGUCUUCAUCUACAACUAUGGGAUAUUGUCCACAGACUUCUCUGGGCCCCUUAUGAUAGUCACCCAGAAGAUCACCACUCUGGCUUUCCAGUUGCAUGAUGGUAUUGGCAAGAAGCCAGAAGAACUAACCUUGGAUCAGAAGCGACUGGCUCUAAUCCAGCGGCCGUCUCUGGUGGAGUACCUGAGCUACAACCUGAACUUCCUCAGCGUGCUGGUGGGGCCCUGCAGCAACUACCAGGACUACGUGGACUUCAUAGAGGGCCGACACAUCCACAGGAGGCUCAGGCAGCAGGCCGAGGGGGCGGGCAACGGCCACCUCAACGGCUCUGACCAGAGCCCCGACCUCUCCCCUCUGGGGGCAGUGUGUUCCAAGCUGCUGCUGUGCGGCGGCUGCAUGCUCUUCUUCCUCACCGUCACCCGCUCGCUGCCCAUCAUGCACAACGUGGACCCCCACUUCAUCAGCCACGCCCCCUUCCUCACCAGACUCGUCUACGCCUUCUUCUCAAUACAGGCGGCCAGGCCCAAGUUCUACUUCGCCUGGACGCUAGCCGAUGCCAUCAACAAUGCGGCAGGGUACGGUUUCAAGGGGAUGGAUGCCAACGGAAAGCCUUCCUGGGACCUGAUCUGCAAUCUCAACAUCUGGGGAAUUGAGACCGCUACAAGCUUUAAGACAUUCAUAGACAACUGGAAUAUUCAAACCGGAGUCUGGCUCAAAUCUGUGUGCUACGACCGAGCUCCUCACCAUCCCAUGGCGAUGACCUUUGUCCUUUCGGCGCUGUGGCACGGAGUGUAUCCCGGGUACUACUUCACCUUCAUCACGGCCAUCCCCAUCACUGCAGCCGCGAGGGCCGUGCGCCGGUGUGUCCGGCACCACUUCCUGUGCUCCAGAGGUGUGAAGCUGCUUUAUGACCUCAUGACCUGGGCGGCCACCCAGCUAGCCAUCUGCUACACAGUCAUGCCCUUCCUACUGCUGGCAGUGGAGCCCACCGUGGUUUAUUACAGGUCCAUGUUCUUCCACGUCCACCUCAUCAGCAUGCUGGUGGCGAUCGCCCUGCAUUCAAAACACACACCGGCCCCCAGACCACCACCCUCUUCCUCCAGCGCCCCCUUCCCCCUAUCACCCUACCCGUCCCACUGCCAGGACCCUCAUUCAAACAACAACCUCAAGGCAGAAUGA